CUAUCUUAGAAAAAAAUAUCUGUAUUUUCCAGCUCGUAUUCAGCGGUUUACUAAGGUUCUGCUAACUUUACAAACCAACAUUUGUUUUAAAACCGAGGUGAAGGACAGAAGGAGGCUUAGUGAAAGUGGGAAAUAUUUCGGAAUGGGACGCGUCCAGAGGGAUUUUAGCCGCUCUUCUAAUCACGACACCGCAACAAGGAAAAAGUGAAAAAGAGAAGCAGGAUCCGGUCAAAUUAGAGUUUAAACGGCGCGUCGGACGAGGAAAAGCGGAAAGUGAGACCAAACCGCGGCUCUUCGCUGUUCGCUUCACUUCAUCUUUGACCAGCGGCCGCCGCAGGCUCCCACGGACACCAUGGUUCCUGCUCCUCUGAACAGAUGAGCGUGUGGAGUCGCCUCAAACUGAGCAGCGAUGACCAGACGAGCGUAGGCUGCGUGGCUCACUGAAACAAACCUCAGUGCUUCUAUUGUCUGAAACCCGCUCGCCCUGAACAUGGGGCAUCCUCCACUGGAGUUUAGCGACUGCUAUCUGGACAGUCCGGAGUUCAGAGAGACUCUCAAGUGUUAUGAACUGGAGCUGGAGAGGACGAGCAAAUUUCUCAAAGAGCUGAUAAAAGAUGGCAACAGUGUUAUCACUGCAAUCAAGGGUUACUCUGUGGCAGUGCAGAAGUUUUCUCAGACUCUCAGCAUGUUCCAGUUCGACUUCAUCGGUGACUCCCUGACUGAUGAUGAGAUUAACAUUGCUGAGUCGUUCCAGGAGUUUGCCGGUCUCCUGCAGGAAGUGGAACAUGACAGGAUGAUGCUGGUCCAGAACGCCUCCGAUCUUCUCAUCAAGCCGCUGGAGAAGUUCAGAAAAGAGCAGAUAGGAGUAACAAAAGAAAAGAAAAAGAAGUUUGAGAAAGAGAGUGAAAAAUAUUACUCCCAGUUAGACAAACACCUGAAUCUUUCUGCCAAGAAGAAAGAGAGCCAACUUCAGGAGGCUGAUGAACUCCUGGACAAAGAGCGGGUGAACUUCUAUGAAUCCUCGGUGGAGUACGUGUACCAGAUACAUCAGGUGCAGGACAGGAAGAAGUUUGAUGUGGUGGAGCCUGUGCUGGCGUUUCUUCACAGCAUUUUGACACUCAACAACCUGACAGUGGAGAUGACUCAGGACUUCAUGCCUUAUAAGCAGGAGCUGCAGCUCAGCUUGCAGAACACCAGAAACCACUAUGAGAGCACCCGCGAGGAGAUGGAGGAGCUGAUGAAAAGAAUGAAAAACCCAUCCCAGGUCUGCAAAAUGCACAAUUUUGUGCCAAUGGAGGGUUAUCUGUACUGUCAGGAGAAGUGGGCUUUGGGUGUAUCAUGGGUCAAAUAUUAUUGCAAGUAUCACAAGGAGGGGAGACAGCUGGUCAUGGUGCCAUGUGAACAGAAACCCACAACUAAACAGGGCCCUACGCAGCUGACACUGAAAUCCUGCGUCCGCCGGAAGACAGAGUCCAUAGACAAGCGCUUCUGCUUCGACGUGGAAACUAACGAGAGAAACACACCCGUCACUUUCCAGGCUCUUUCGGAGGGGGACAGGAAGUUGUGGAUGGAGGCCAUGGACGGGAAAGAGCCGAUCUAUCAUUCUCCAAUUCACAAGCAAGCUGAAAUGGAGCUCAAUGAAAUUGGAUUCAAGUUUGUGAGAAAGUGCAUCAACUAUGUUGAAACAAAAGGAUUGACACAAGAAGGAGUGUACCGAACAGUUGGCAGCAACAUCCAAGUGCAGAAGCUUUUAAAUGCUUUCUUUGACCCCACAAAUCCGGGAGACGUGGACCUUCACAGCAACGACUGGGACGUUAAAACCAUCACAAGUGCAUUGAAGUUUUACCUAAGGAGUUUGUCUGAGCCUCUGAUGACCUACGGUCUACACAGGGACCUCAUGUGUGCUGCAAAGUCAGAUAAUCUGGACUUUCGACUCAGUGAAAUUCACUCACUUACCUACAAACUACCAGAGAAGAAUCGGGAGAUGCUGGAGAUGCUCAUUAAACACUUGGUCAACGUGUGCAGUCACAGUGAUGAAAACUUCAUGACUCCUUCGAACAUGGCCGUCAUCUUCGGACCCACACUGAUGAGAGCAAAGGAGGAGACUGUGGCGGCCAUGUUGGACAUCAAGUUCCAAAACAUUGUUGUAGAGAUUCUGAUUGAGGAGUACAAAAAGAUCUUCAGUUGUUUGCCAGAGGACAGCACCGCCCCACCUGUCCCUCCUCCGCGGAUCACCCCGAGAAAGCGGCAGCCCAUCACAAUCUCCAAGCGGCCACCUCGUGUUUAUCAAGCGCUUAGUCACGACCAUUUCCAGAACACAGAGAAUGGCCAGGACGACAGCUCCUCCGCGGACCUGGGCGUUCCAGUGAGCCCUGUUCCCCUGCAGCGGACAAAACCUAUAAGCUGUGCUCCGCAGGUUCCAAAGGAACCUCCUCCGAGGCAAGUUCUGAUGCCCAGACCAGCUAACCGUCAGGACAGACAUUCAGACUUUGAUGCUGGGAAGAUAGACGAUUCGAGGCACAAGCCAGAUUCCUCUUCAGCGGCAAAUGGGGAAUCUGGAGUCUAUGUGAGCCGAGUACCGUCCUUCCAGAGCAGAAGACCACAACCAAAGGGCGCAUCAGCCAGCAGAGAAGGAGAUUCUGAUGGUCUGACCAGAACGAGGUCCACAGAGAAACAUGCCAUUUGCAGACCCCCAGUCAGGCCUCCUGAGCCCCCCUCCAGAUACCCCACUCCACAAAAGCCCCAGACUACAGCCAGCAGCGAGGGCACGCCCACAUCCUAUGUUGCCUCCAAAACAAAGUUUUUCGAGAAUGCCUCCAGGCAAGUUGGCAGCUCACCUGCGUCUACGUUACCAUCAACAGUGACAAAUGUAAAAAAAGAGAAUUGAAGUUGAGGAGGUUUAGACCACAUCAUGUGACCUCUACAUGUGCUGUUUGGAGCACACUAAGCUGGAGGGAGUCACCACUGAGAUGAUUUUGACCUGAACUGAUAGAGUGAGGAAAAGACUUAGUAGGAACUGAAUUUAAUGAUAAGAAAUCGUGUCACAAGGCAACACAGAAGCAAAGUGAAAUCUGAACGAUCUUGUAAAGUAACUGACUCAGAGUUUGAUUAUUCCAAAGUUGGGAUGAAGUAAAAGUUUUAUUUUUCCACACCAAUCAACACUUUUGUCAAAUAAUAUUGCAAUAAUUUUACAUUGUUAAAACAGGUUGAAUGGCUCUUGGCCAAUUUUGUAUGUGGGAGCCGGUGUAACUGGUGAUAACUUAUCCUCAUUCUUAACACGUCUGCAUUCUUAACACCUUUCAGCAGUGUGACAUAGAUGUCCCAAAGAAGACUAAUAAUAAAAACUGACUUAAUUGUUGUUCAUUUGAAAAGACACAUUGGUCUACAUAUUAACCUCUAGAUUUUGUGCCAUGUAAAGCAAAUCGAGACAAAAGCUACUGUUUAAGAUUCUAUUUCAGUAUUUAAACAAAGCAACGUGAAAAAAAAAAGAGAAAAUUUUAAUUUCUUUCAAGGACUAUAAAUUCAAGCUAAGCUACAUGUCACAGUGGGGUCACUUUGUGAAAGCUAUUUUAGUUAGUAAAAUAGAAUAUUUUAAUAUUAGUUAUCUCAGUUGAGAUACAAGUCACUUUUUAGAAGGCAUUAAAAAGUAUUUGCUCAGUCUGUAUUACAGUCAGUGUAGUUUGAUUUUACACUGAUUGUAAUGCUAUAAAGUGUUAGUCGAAUGGAAUUUUAAAAAACAGAUUACAUUCCUUCACUUCUUACCUCUUGUAGGUAGGUCAGGUUGUACAGGAGAGUCCUUGAAGUUUACCUAAAUUUGUUGCACCUCAAAUGAACUGUUGGGAUUAAAAAGCAGGUCGAGUCUGAUUGUUACAAUAUGUGAAAAUAACACUCCAGUGUUUUAUUCUUUAUUCUUUUUAUUUCAUUGUUGUUAAAAUGAUAAUUAUGUUGGUUUUAGACUUUUUUCUUUUGAUAACCCAACCUGAAAAUUUUCUGGUUGUUGUCUGGCUUUGAAAAAAGGUAAAUAAACACAAAGCGUUCUUAACUUGACUCAUGAAUAUUUUCAAAAAUGAGCUGUGUAUUAUCAUUCAGUUCUGUGUCACAGCGUGGUGCUUUAGUCUUAUCUUUCCUCAGUGCGUCACUGUGCUGAUCAUCGACAUCAGUCUCAUGACUUCUGUUUCACAUUUGCACAAAAUUAACGUUGUUUUAGUGUAAGUGUUCUCUCUCAGUUAACGGUUUCUUUAAAGAAUGAAUCAUUCCUGGUGUUAACAGGUCUGCAUUAUACCUUGGUGUCACACCCAUUAAUGCCAUCAAAGUGUAAAGAUGCUAAAAAUCGGGGUUUUGUGAGCUUAUAUAUGUGUUAAGCAACAAUUCGAGCUUUUAUAUUUUGUACGUAGUUCAAGAGGAGUGUGCAGGGUUGCAACAUGUAAGACAUUUAAGCAGCGUGCAUAAUUUUUAAAAAGCAACCCCCCCCCCCCAAAAAAAAAGAAACCCCAUCUGAUUUGGUUCCAUUAAACAGCAGCAGUCUCUGACAAUUUGCA